UAUCUGCAAUGAUGGAGUGCAGAAACGUUGGUGUACCAACACCCAGAGACACUAUCAGUGACGGAGGGUACCAACGUGACUUUUCAGUGUGAUAUCAGCGAAAUGUCGAAGGAAUGCACCUACAUUGUAUGGGUGCAAGUGGGACCUAUGAGAAAACUCACGCUCUGGCCUCAAGAAACCUACAGCACCCACCCCAGAAGAACUGUUUGCCUCCUGAACAUUGUCAAUGCCAACAGAAGGAGUGAGGGCACCUUCUACUGUGCCAUGCUCAAUGGAGCCAUGCUAAUAAUUGGUGGUGGGAGUGCACUGACCAUAUCUGAAACAUUGAAUGCUGACCCUUAUCUGGAGAUCCUGGUGCCUGUAGACUGGCAUGGGGACCUGUCGUCUUCAGUCCCACUCAUGUGUCUGGUGUCUGGGGUGGAUCCCAGUCAGGCACACGUGUAUUGGGAGGUGGAUGGGAAUGUUCAGUCCUCAGAACGGUUACCUAAGAUUUUGACAGAGAAGCCAGCCAGUGUCAGGGACCAGCUGUCAAUACCUGGACAUACCUGGGCUGAAGGUUCGGAGGUCACUUGUUUUUUAGAGAACAACCACGGGGUGAGAGUGAACAAGACAGUCCGCAGAACAGAAAUGGAGACUGCCAGAAGUUUUCUGGCCUUGUCUUUGGGCAGCGUGUGUAUCUUACUUUCUGUAGUGUUAACUAUUAUUAAACUGAAGAAUAUGGCUAAGUAG